CCGAGCCCGAGCCGGAGUCGGGCUGAGGCGGAGGCGGCCCCGCCCCGGGGCUCCAUUGUUGCAGCGGCCGCGGCUCCUCCGGCUGCUUGGCUCUGUUUCGUUCGGCCCCGAGCGAGUGCCGCCGAGGCGGUGGCCUGAGAUUCUUCUGAAAUUCUUUCUUUGGUGAGGAUCAUCAGAAGGAAGCACAGGAUUUGCUCUCAAAGAGUGGUUUGGUUUCCUGAGAAACUGCAGGUGGACGCUGGGCGUUCCGUGCUCGCCCCUGGAGGAGGCGUGUGAGGAAGACCGUUCCGUGCAGACCAGGACACUCCUGCCUGGCCGUUAGGCCUCCCGGCUCCUGGUUCCAGCCUUUUUACCAAAUCCCUUGUGACUUCAGCAGCAAUGGAAGAGUUAAUAGUUGAACUUCGUCUCUUUCUGGAGCUCCUGGACCAUGAAUAUCUAACGUCAACCGUCAGGGAGAAAAAGGCAGUGAUCACCGACAUCCUGCUGAGGAUACAGUCAUCCAAAGGUUUCGAAGUGAAGGACCAUGGUCAGAGGCAAGAGACCCCCAGCAGCCUGCCGGCUCCUCCCCAAAUGCCUUUGCCGGAGAUCCCUCAGCCGUGGCUGCCACCUGACAGUGGGCCGCCACCGCUACCGACAUCAUCUCUCCCGGAAGGCUACUACGAGGAAGCCGUGCCGCUGAGCCCUGGGAAAGCUCCAGAAUACAUCACAUCAAAUUAUGACUCGGAUGCAAUGAGUAGCUCUUACGAGUCGUACGAUGAGGAGGAGGAGGACGGAAAGGGCAAAAAGACACGGCACCAGUGGCCGUCCGAGGAGGCCUCCAUGGACCUGGUGAAGGACGCCAAGAUCUGUGCCUUCCUGCUGAGGAAGAAGCGCUUCGGGCAGUGGAGCAAGCUACUCUGUGUCGUCAAGGACACCAAGCUGCUGUGUUACAAAAGUUCCAAGGACCAGCAGCCCCAGAUGGAGCUGCCCCUCCAAGGCUGCAACAUCACAUACACCCCGAAGGACAGCAAGAAGAAGAAGCACGAGCUGAAAAUCACCCAGCAAGGCACAGACCCGCUGGUUCUUGCAGUCCAGAGCAAGGAGCAGGCCGAGCAGUGGCUGAAGGUAACUUUUAUCCUGAAUAUUAUCAUCGAGGUGAUCCGAGACGUCUACAGCGGCUGCAGCGGGCCGGCGGAUUUAGAAGGUCCUCCCCCCUCGAUCUCUCCAGUGCACAAGACAGAGCUAGAGAAGAAGCUGUCUUCUGAGAGACCCAGCUCGGACGGGGAGGGCGUUAUGGAGAAUGGAGUCGCUGUGUGUGAAGGAAAAGAACAAGUUAAGAGGAAGAAAAGUUCCAAAUCAGAGGCCAAGGGAACCGUGUCCAAAGUCACUGGGAAGAAGAUCACCAAGAUCAUCGGCUUGGGGAAGAAAAAGCCCUCGACAGAUGAGCAGACCUCAUCCGCGGAGGAGGAUGUCCCCACCUGCGGCUACCUCAACGUGCUCUCCAACAGCCGCUGGCGGGAGCGCUGGUGCCGAGUCAAGGAUAACAAGCUCAUCUUCCACAAGGACAGGACCGAUCUCAAGACCCACAUCGUUUCUAUUCCUCUGCGCGGCUGUGACGUGAUCCCGGGCUUGGACUCCAAACACCCCCUGACCUUCCGACUGCUUCGCAACGGACAGGAGGUGGCCGUGCUGGAGGCCUCCUCUUCUGAGGACAUGGGCAGAUGGAUUGGGAUUUUGCUGGCUGAGACGGGGUCCUCCACAGACCCCGGAGCCCUGCACUACGACUACAUCGACGUGGAGACGUCUGCGAACGUCAUCCAGACGGCCAAACAGACCUUCUGUUUCAUGAACAGGCGCGGCAUCUCUGCCAACCCGUACCUGGGGAGCACCGCCAACGGCUACGCGCACCCCAGCGGCACAGCGCUGCAUUACGACGACGUCCCGUGCAUUAACGGCUCGUGGGACCCCGAAGACCGCCCUCCUGCUUCCUGUGCCAGGGGCCUGGGAGAAGAGGUGCUUUAUGAUCACGCGGUCCUGUACGAUAACUUGCCAUCUCCGAAAAUCUUUGCGCGCUACCCGCCUGCUGACAGAAAGGCUUCUAGGCUGUCUCCAGACAAACUGUCCUGUAACCAUUACAAAUACCCUCCCUCGUGCAGUCUGCCUCCCACUAACCCCUCUUCUCUGGGGAGGGCGCCUCUCGGGCUCAGCUCUCAGUUGAAGGGUAAAAAGCCCCCAGUAGCUUCCAAUGGGGUUCCGGGAAAAGGGAAGACUCUGAGCAGCCAGCAAAAAAAGGUGGAUUCGGCAGCCGGCGUGAAGCGAACAUCUUCAAAUGCUGACCAGUACAAAUAUGGCAAGAACCGGGUUGAAGCCGAUGCCAAGCGGUUGCAGAGUAAAGAAGAGGAGCUGCUAAAGCGGAAGGAGACCCUGCGGAACAGGCUGGCCCAGCUCCGGAAAGAGAGGAGAGACCUGAGAGCCGCCAUUGAAGUGAACGCUGGCAGGAAGACCCAGGUGGUUCUGGAAGACAAGCUGAAGAGGCUGGAGGAGGAGUGUAAGCAGAAGGAGGCAGAGCGCGUCAACCUAGAGCUCGAGCUGACAGAGGUCACGGAGAGCCUGAAGAAGGCCCUGGCCGGCGGGGUCACCCUGGGGCUGGCCAUCGAGCCCAGGUCGGGGACGUCGAGCCCGCAGUCUCCAGUUUUUAGGCAUCGGACUCUCGAGAGCUCACCCAUGUCCAGCUGCGAGACCAGCGAUGCCGAGGGCCCGGUGCCGGUGAACAGCGCGGCCGUGCUGAGGAAGAGCCAGCCGGCGGGCGGCUCCCCCUGCCGGGGGCACGUGCUGCGGAAGGCCAAGGAAUGGGAGCUGAAGAACGGGACGUAGAGGGACGGCAGGACGCCCUGCUCGCAGCCGCCGCCGCCGCCGCCGCAGGAAGCUCCGCCCACGUGGCCACCACGCAGGACGCCAGGGUUUGUGACUGAGCCCGACACCACCAGCGCCCAGACCCUCCCGCGCGUCUUCUUGCUACUGUACUUGUCCCCUCUAAAGAAAUUCACUUGUAACACUUGGGUUUCCACCUCUCUCUGUUGAGGAGCAGAAAGGGAGGUAGAGGAGUCCUUUGGCAGAUGAGAAGCUGCAUCUUUUUACCGAGCUCAGUGAGUGCUUUCCCCAGUGUCCCCCCGUCCCCGCCCCCGGACUGCAGGUGACCGGCCCGUGCCCCCCGCUGAGGCCCCUCGCAGGCCCCGGGGCCCCCUGCCCGUCUGCAGAGAGGGCCGGGGUCCCGAGCAGCUCGCCCUCCUUGUGUCUCGGCAUCCCCUCCCCACGUGCCCGUCCCCCACGUCACCAGAGGCGGGCGCGUGAGAAACCCGAGCUGUGAAGCAUCUGUUACCUUUUAACUGUCUUUUCUCUGGACAAAUGCUUUUGUCACCAUGACGUGAAAAGCUGCCAUUCUUUUUACACUUUUUAAAAACUUCUCUUUUUUAGCGUGUGUUGCACUUAGCUCUAAGGGUUUUUCAGAGAUUCUGUAUCAUAUUUUAUUAUUUGUACUGCUUUUGAAAGACGGCAGAGCGUUUCUGCUGCUUCACUAGUGUGUGUCCCCACCUCCCCUUCCCCAGUGUCCCCGACCCCACCUGCCCCUCAGAACCUGCAGGUGACCCGUGGAGCAUGGGUGGCCUCACCGGAUGACGGUGCGACUUCCACUCACAGGAGGGCCCAUCCCCAGAGAGGGAAGCAGGUUCUGGAAGUCGCUCGGCCACAGAACCAUAGCAUCCCGAGCAGGACAAGAGCUUCCAGUCGCUCCCUGGGCCCCCGUCCCCCGCCUGCAAAGCCAGGCCCGGAGCGCGAGUGCCCCAGGGCUGCUCCCCGGCCGGCGUGCCGAGGCCGGGUCUCCGCACCCUAGCUCUGCUGGGCCUCCAGAGGGACCCUCUCAGGGAUUCUCAGCUAUGGGGAGAUGCAACCCCAGAUGACAUGAGAGUCGGUCACGCCAGGGUCCCUCUGCAGACGGAUUCAGGGGCACAAGGCACACACGUGUGGGGGGCGCCUCCUGCUGAGAUUCAGGAGCCUAGUGGUGCGAGCCUUUCAUCCAGAAGCUUCCCUACCAACUAUAGGGAUAGAAGGCGAGAAAUGGUCUCCGUGCUUUCCCCCGGCACGCCUCCAGAGUCCCUCCUGGGCUCGGCCCCUCUCCUGCAGGCCUUCCUUAGGCGUGGAGUCAACCAGCGUCAGUCAGGGCCCUCGGGGCCCACGUGGCUGCGUGAGAUUUUGGCUGUAGAGAGGGUGAGCAGCCUCCCGCGCAGGGGACAGUUUCCAGCAGGGGGCGGGGGCUGGAGCAGAGCCCAGCAGAGACACGGGCCCCCCUCCCAUGUUAGCACCCCCAGGAAAUGGAGGGAGGACACCCCCCAGAGCCUCCGGGCCCAUCUUCCUGGUGCUGUCGGGAGGAGUCCUGUCCUGUUGUCUGUGUGGGAAGCUCGGCCGCCUUGCAUUCUACAAAGCUGAUUUUCUGUAAAAGGAAACAGUUUGAUCCACUGUAGAUUUUUGCUGCCUUCUGGUCCAAUAAGGUUUCUCAAAGUGAGGCGCUCGGGUCACCCUGCUUGACAGCCAACUUGGCCCAAGCAGCUAGCAGGUUUCGACUGUUAGGAGGGAAAACUUGAGCGGCCCGUGCCCCUGACCGCGGCCCCGCACAGCCGGGGAGACCCCAGGCAGCUCGGGGACCCUCACCCCGUGGGUUUGCGGGAGCCGGGAUUUGGACCCUGGUCCUCAGACUCCGGGCGUACACGUUCCAUGUCUAAAGGCCCCAGGUUUCACAUUCGCUUUCCUCACCAUCAGCCCUUGAAAGAGGGUCGCAAGCUUAGACGGAUCCUGCUGGUUCCACCGAGCCAUCGGCAGCGGGUCGUGCGGAGGGCGGGGCCGCCACCCGGGGGCUCCCACGAUGUUAUGUGUUCCCCUUGGUGUCUUAGAUUUGAUCAGAAAGUUAGGUGAAAGAAUUUGCUUCAAAAUAAGUUAUUUAUUUGUAUAUGUUCAAUAAAUAGAGUUUUUAAUUUAUAUCUGUACAUAAUAGACACACACAUGAGACGUCUUGUCGGGGUUCGGGCGACGAUGUCCUUUCACGGCCCCGAAGCUCCCCGCCCGGCAGCCGCGGGAGGCCACCCCAGGGGGAGGAGUGCCAUUCCCUUCGAGGGGCCACCUGUUCGCCGAGCGCUGGCCAGGCCGUGACAGGAUGCUGACCCCAAGUGGAGGAGCGUGGUGGCCGCUCCCGGGGGCCACAUCUGCCCCAGCACCAGCCCCGGGGCUCUGCCCCCGCCGUAUUUGAUCAGCUGUCAUCAACCUUCAGAUCCCCUCCAGUUUUGUGUGUUGAUAAUGUUUUAAAGUCACUCACCAACCUCUUGCACAGAAACAAAAUGGUGGCUACGGGCUCUCUGUGUCACCUGCGGCGUGGGACGGGGGAAGCGGUCACUUUGCCCCCCUUCAGAGUCAGUAGGGGUUGGGGCAAGGCCCUCUGUGCGCAUCAGACCAGCCAGCCCCUCCCUCGCCGGGCUUCCGGAUGGUUCCACCGCCUAGCAACCAGUGUGGGUCUGGUGAAGGGUCCAGAUGGGCGUGGAUCUUUCCGGAGUCUUCUCUGGGUGACCGUGCAUACGCCAUGCCGUAAACCCAUCCUGUCCCCCCGGUUCGCACACCUUGGUGUUGCCAAACCUGAUCGUCUCCUCAUUCACCUCAACUGUCCGAGUUCCAGAAACCCCAAACCACUCAGGUUGGAGAUGUGCUGUCUUCUGCAAAGUGUGUGCGGGUUUGCAAGGGGCCCGGCGCGAGUCUGGGGGUGCCCGGGGGUUGCCGGCUCGCUCUCGGGAGGGACGCGGCCUCACAGCAGGCGGUGCUCUGGGUUUGCUCGCCCAGUCCUGCGACGGGCCCUCCGGAGGGUGGGCAGCGGGGUGGGUGCCCGGAGCGGGUCCCCUGGCGCCAGCGAAGACCCCUGCGGCCCAGCCCGCACGCCCCUCCCAGGCGGCCUCUCCCGGGCCGGCUGCAGUGUCCACCGCCCCCGGCUCGGCAAGGUGGCAUCGCUCAGAUGUUAAACUGUUGCCUUCCUCGUUUUGUUUUGUUUUUUUUUCUAAAAUAAUUUUUUACCGGGAAAUUUUUCAAAUCCGAGGCAUCGUUUUAAAGAGAAUCAUUCUUACUCUUAUUUUGUUGCUGUUGUCACUGCUGGCUCAUGGCUGGGUUGAUACUGUGAAUACAUGAAAGUAAACUGUACCCCGUGGCCCGCGGUGGGCACAGCCUCCCCCCGCGAGCGCCCCCUGCAGGCAGCUCAUCUCCCGCCAAGGCCCCGGGCUGCGCGGGCUGCCUCCCUCCCUCCCUCACGCUCCGGCAGGUGUUCCUGGCUGUGACCUGUGACCGGGGUGUGGCCGGGGAAGGCCUUUCCGACAUGGGAUCAUCAGAUCGCGAUUCUUAGGGACCAAAGGUGUUUUUAACAAGAUAAUCUUUGUAUCUGGUUUUCUAACAAGAAAGGAAACAGUGACUUUAAAUUUUAACACCAACUUUUAAAUUAUAGAUAUUUAGCACUCAUUGACCACGGCUCUAAGUUGUAAAGUGUUUUCAUAUUAAGAUUGUAAUUAUUUCCUUACUGUAUUUUUAAAAAACUAAACUUGUAUUUAAAAUUCUCUUUGAAAGAAACAAGCAAGAAACAGCAAAGAUUUUUUUUUUAAUUAAAUACGUUGGCGGUGCCCAUUUUAAAGGACUGUAAAUAUAUUUUCACUCUGUUUCUCAACAUAUUUAAUUCAUAGGGAACUUUUAUCAAAGGAAACUUCCAAUGGAAAUACCAGUUUUCAGGCGUUUUGCUCCAUGUUGUAGUCACUGCACCUGAAUUUUCUGCUUUACUAACGGAUUUUUCUACUGUUUCACGCGGUGUAGCCCGCGGACUGGCGCCCCCCGGCGUGCCUCGUUUGUGUGUUCUCAAUAAAGCUGUAUGCUUCCAGCCGG